AUGGCGCAGACGGCUAAUGCAUCAUUAGUAGCUGAAUGCUUACGACGGACAUUACAGUCGGAUGCACAAGUGCGACGCAAUGCUGAAAGCGAUUUAAAGCAAAUCGAGCAAUUACCAGGCAUGUUUAUGCUUAUAUUAAAAUCUUUUUUGCCUAUAAUCAACAUAAUAGGAAAGGAAAUCGUUUCUGCUUCAUGCUGUGUGUUUGUAGGAUAUGGAUUGGUUUGCUAUGAAUUGAUAUUUGAUCAGCAGAUAUCGUCUGAAAUAUCACUGGCAUCAGCAGUAGCAUUCAAAAAUUUUGUUAAGGAGAAUUGGAAUGAAGAAAAAUGUGUGGUGGAAAUAAGUGCUGCUGAACGAAUGCAGUUGCGGGAAAAAGCACUGGAAAGUAUGUUCACUACUUCAGGCAACAUUCAGAAGCAAUUGUCUCAAGUAGUAUGCGUUAUGGGGAAGUACGACUUUCCAGAGAAUUGGUCCGAUUUGAUUUUAGUUUUGGCCAGUAAUCUUGAAGGAGCAGAUUUAAAUAGGCUUAUGCCUACACUAUGCACGUUGGAUGAACUUUGUAAAAAAUACAGAUAUGAAGUAAAAUCGAAUCAGCUUUGGAAGGAGCUGGUCGUUGUGCUUCAGGCGGUUGCGGCUCCAUUGACUAAUUUAUUUACAAAAAUGAUGGAAUGUAUCCCUAACAAAGACAUAAUGCCAAAAGCAGAGAGCCAAGCUUGGAUUGAAGUUACCACUCUAAUCACGAAGUGUUUUCACUCUCUCUGUUCGCAAGAUCUACCGGAAUAUUUCGAGGAUCAUUUAAAUGUUUGGAUGAACGGCUUCAUGGCGUUAUUAAAGUUAGAAAUUCCUCAGCUUGAUGCCGAAUGUAUUGAAACUGAAGCAAAUGUUCUAGAUAAACUGAAAUGUUGCAUUUGUGAUAUUAUUACUCUUUUUUCACAGCGGUAUGAAGAGGAGUUGAUGCCGUUUAUGAUGCCAAAUGAAAAAAAUCCGAUACAGGAAGGAGAAUCAAAGAAUUGGCUAAUAGAGUGUGUGUGGCAAAUGCUUGUUUCGAUUGAUCAGAAAGCAAGAUAUGAUACGUUAGUAAAUGCAUCUCUCGGCUUCCUUUCUUCUAUUUGUCAGCGUUCUCAGUACUCAGCUAUUUUCGAACAUGAGCAGUUGUUAAAAACACUGUAUGAGGAUGUUAUCAUUAAGAACGUAACAUUACGGAAAUGCGACUUUGAACUUUUUGAGGACGAUCCUUUUGAGUAUAUGAGAAAAGAUAUUGAAGGUUCUGAUAUUGGUACUAGACGCCGAGGAGCAAGUGAUUUUCUUAGGGCUCUUUGUCGUCGUACGGAAGAAUCUCGAGUUCUGAGUAUUCUGUCUGAAGUGCUGCAAUCAUUUUUGCAAGAAAGUUCAGUAGAUCUUACUACUAAUUGGUUGAAGAAGGAUGUUGUUUAUUGUUUAACGACAGCAGUCGCAGUGAAAGCGGAGACUGCAAAACAUGGAGCAACUGCUACAAGCGACCUUAUCAAUGUGAUCGACUUUUACCAAACACAUGUACGCAAAGAUCUCUUCUCAGAAGACGUUAAUGCCUUGCCAAUUCUCAAGAUGGAUGCUCUAAAAUACGUAGUAGUAUUUCGAAAUCACCUACUUCCAAAUCAAGUGAUAGAAGUCGUCAGCGCACUUUUGAAAUUGCUGACCUCGCACCACGCAAUUCUUCAUCAGUAUAUUGCAUAUGCUCUUGAAAGGCUUUUGCUCGUCAAAAACAAAGAAACUGGAAAGGCUUUACUGACAGCAGAAAAUGUGCCAGUGGGUCUGUUGGUUAUUGCUUUAUUCACUUGUUUUGAUGUCAGUUCUAAAGCACAGAACUCACAUUAUAUCACGAAGGCUUUAAUGCGUUGUUUCAAUAUAAUCGAUACAGAAACAGCGAAAAGUUCAGCUCACAUUGUUGAUAAGCUUGCAACUAUGAUCGGUGUUGCUGUAAAGAAUCCUGUCGAUCCUUUGCAUCUUCAUUACAUCUUUGAAUCACUUUGUGUGCUGAUCAGGCAGGUUUAUGCUGUAGUUGAAGGUGGUAUAGACAAAUAUGUAGUUCCUCUUAUUGAAAACAUUUUUUCAUCAGACCUGGUUGAUUUUGUACCGUAUGCUUUACAAAUAACAGCAUUGUUACUGGACCAAGCUGAAAUACAGAAACGGAAAACUGGUAUUUCAUGUGUAGACAGUUAUUUGCCAUUUUUCUCUAAUUUGAUGAAAGGGGAACUUUGGCAACGAACGGCAAAUAUCCCGGCGGCAUUAUUAGUGAUUGAAUCCUUUAUGAACAGUCAUAGCAAACAUAUUCUGCAUGAACACGCAAAAAAUUUGCUAGCAGUUUUCCAGAAACUGAUUUCUUCGAAAGCAUUAGACCAACAUGGUUUCCAGUUAGCUAAUAUAUUUUUGCAAUGUUUGAAUGAAACAGAUAUAUUGACUGAAUCUUCAAUCUUGAUCCCAAUGUUACGGCGAAUUCAAUUUUCAAAAACAACCAGAUUUAUGAAAAGUUUCGUAUUGUUCCUCGCACGAUUUGCAGUUGUACGAGGAGGUGCAUCGCUCUGUCAGGUUUUGGAAACGAUUCAAACUGGUAUGUUCGCGAUGGUAGUCGAGAAAGUUCUGAUUGCGGAAUUGGACAAAAUGCAUAAUACUACAACCUAUAAUGAAAAACGAUUAUGUUGUAUUGGUUUUGCAAAUCUCACAGCUGAUACUGUAGAGAAACUGGGACCACAAUAUGGAGUACUGGUAGAAUCACUGGUGCGAUUGGUGGAAGCUUCGGGAUGUGGGCCAACUCCUUUGAAUACAGAUGAUAUGGAAGAGCAGGGGCUGUGCUCUUUGGAACUAGAGCAGAAUGAUCCGUAUUGUAAACUAACAUAUGCUCAACAUCCGGAUAUCAUUGCUCCGGAAAUUGUCAAUUUCAAAGCUUAUCUUGCUGAAGCAGUCAUUGUUCGCGCUGCUACUUGCAAAGCAGAUUCAUUGAGUUGUAUCAGUGAAAGAGUACGCUGUUUAUUGACUGGUUACGCGCAAUAA